AUGCGCCUCACUAGCAGGCUGCUCCAACACGCCUGCCGCAUAACUCUCUUCACGCGGGAGAAUUGUGGGCUAUGUACUCAGGCAAGAUCCGUCCUCUCGGAUGUCUGGGACCAGCGUCCCUUCGAAUUCAAAGAGAUUGAUAUUGUUAAAUCCGAGUCAAUACCUCGGUGGCGCGACCUGUACGAUUUCGAUGUCCCAGUGAUCCAUGUCUCUAAGGCUACCGCGCCAGAAGAACAGCCGCAGAGCGCCUCCAAGGCCGUCAAGCUCAUGCAUCGGUUUACCACCGAUGAGGUUCAAUCUAAAAUGGAUGCCGUUGAGAAGGCUUAA